AUGACCGCACUCCAAGUGCUCCAAGAGGCCGCCGCUGCAGAGGUGGUUGCGGGAUCGGCCGUGGCGGCCGAGGCGGCGGCGCGGGCGGCAAGGGCGGACGCAGCAGCGGCGAUCGCGGCGGCGGCGCGCGACGCGGAGGAGCGAGAGGUUGACGCGAGGCGGCAGCUCGACCUUUCAGAGGUGACGCUCGGGGGCGGUGCCCUCCGGGCGGCAGAGGCAGCGCGGCUUGGGCAGCAGCUGGAGAAGGCGCGCCGCGCCGCGCGAGUGGCGGCGAGGCAGGCAGCGGCAAAGAUGGCGAUCCCUGACGUGCCUGCUUCCGAGACGGAGGAGGCGGAGGCGGAGCUGGACGUAGCGAUCGCGACGGCGACGAGGGCGGAGGCGGCCAUCGCGGAGACGCAGAGGGACAUGCUAGCGGCCCGCCUCGCGGCGGCGAGGGAGGAGCACGAAGAGGCGCUUUUGGCCGCCGAGCGAGCUGAGCAGAGCGCAGAGUUUUCCCGAGCCGAGGCGGAUCGCGCGGCGGCGGAGGCCAUGGCGGCGAUGAGUGAGACGUCGGGGCUGCGAGAGGCGCUCUCGGAUUUGACGACAGACGUUGCGGCGGCGAGAGUAGAGGUGGAGGUGGUGCGGCAGGAGGCUGCGGCGCGGGCGGCCGAGGCGGCAACGGCGAGGGCCGAGGCGGAGGCCUUGCAAGAGGAGGUGGUUGCUCAGGCCUCCGAGACGGCGGCUGCGCGGUCGGAGCUCGAGCUCCGGAAGGAGGAGGCGGCCGUGGCGCGAGGCGAGCGCGACGCGGCCUUGCACGAGGCUGCGGCCGCGUCGGACGACCGGCUCCGUCGGGCGGCGGAGCAGGUGAGGCAGGCGAAGAAGGAGACUGCGGCUGCAGAGGCGACGGCUGCGGAGGCGCGGGCGGCGCAACGCGACUUUAACGCGGCGGUCGUCGCCGCUGAGGAGCAGCAGGCGACCCUCGCGGCGGCCGUGGAGGCGGCAGAACAGCGGGCCCGCGACGCGGAGGCGGCCGCUGCGGCGAGCCGCGACUCAAAGGCGGUGGCUGCGGCAGUCGCACAGCUCGCCGAGGCGGCGGCGGCGGCGGCGGCGGCGGACGAGCGGGCGGCAGAGGGCGAGGCGGCGGCGGCAGCGAUGCGCGAGGAGUGCGACGAGCUGAGGGCGGCGCUGGAAGAGGCGCGCGUUGCGGACGCGGAUCUUCGGCGCAGCGCAUCGGAGGAGGCUGCAGCGCUGCGGCGCGAGGUGGAUGUGGCUCGGAAGGCGGCGGAGAUCGCUCAGGCGGCAGAAGCGGCAGCGGCAGCAGCUGCGGCCGUUGCAUCGCCGACUGUGGCGGCGGAUGAGGCCGCGAUCGCACACGGCUCGAUGAGUCACGCCUUUGGGGAGCACAGCGAAAGCCGGCCCAGCAAGCUGGACGAGGUCCCGGAUGUGGUUCCGUACCGGCGAUUCUGCAAGCCACGCAAUACGAUGAGCUACGACCCCACGCUGCCGCCCGAGCCGGGCUACAACCAGUUCCGCACCACCAACCAGCCUCGCACGCCUAGCGCUAGGUCUGACACCCGACCGCCCCCCCCUCCCUAA